CACGAGUCACUCGUCACUUGUUGGUCAGGGGCAGAGAGGCACGAAAGAGGCACGCUGGGUUCGCUCUACAUAUUGGCGCACGGUGCCCUUUUGGGGGUGGGGGCGAGGGGUUGGCGAGACUUGUGUUUCCUUCUGAGUUCUUCUGCGAUGUUUUUUGAAUGUCAACGACAAGGCUGAGUGUGUUACGUGAGUGUUAAAAAAGUACGAGAAGUGGCAUUUUUGAUUCAUGGACUCGGCGCGGACUUUCGCUGAAACUGUCAGGAGGCUGGUUGGAGCUUGACGUGAUUCAGUCAGUUUGAGAGCGCAUGAAGUUGUAUUUGGAUGCUAUGGCGGCACUGAAGAUUGUGCUGUUCUUCUUGGAGGCUGUCUUACUGGUCCACUGUGCGCGAGGACCUCCGCGGGUGUCUGAAAAAGUUGCUCACCGUCAGACGGUCCGCCUUGGGAGUGCCAUCAAGCUGCCUUGCCCGGUGGAAGGAGACCCUCCGCCACUCAUUAUGUGGACCAAAGAUGGACGCAACAUCCACAGCGGCUGGAUCCGUUUUCGUAUCCUCCGCAUAGGCCUGAAGAUCAAGGAGGUGGAGGCAGACGACACGGGCACGUACAUCUGUAAAGCCACCAACGGUUUUGGCAGCGUUAACGUCAACUACACCCUCAUCGUCAUCGAUGACUCGGGUUCUGACAGGACUAGACUCGCCGUUUUUGAUGGCGCACAUUCAGAGCAGGGUUCUGAUGGCUUGACGGAAAAGCUCGUGCGCCCCCGCUUUACCCAGCCCGCUAAAAUGAGGAAGAGGGUGAUCGCCCGACCGGUGGGCAGCUCGGUGCGACUCAAAUGCACGGCCAGCGGGACGCCGCGGCCGGACAUCGUAUGGCUGAAGGACGACCAGCCUCUGACCGAGCGGGAGGUCGGCGAGGGCCGGCAGAACAGGUGGACCCUGACCCUGAAGAACCUGACGCCUGCGCACAGCGGCAGAUACACCUGCAGGGUGUCCAAUCAGGCGGGGGAAAUCAACGCCACGUAUAAAGUGGAGGUCAUACAGAGGACCAACUCCAAGCCCGUUCUGACCGGCACUCACCCUCUCAACACGACGGUGGACUACGGAGGCACCACGUCCUUCCAGUGCAAAGUGAGGAGCGACGUCAAGCCGGUUAUCCAGUGGCUGAAGCGCGUGGAGACGAAUGAGGAGAGCCGCUACAACUCCACCAUUGAAGUGGGAGACCACCGCUUCGUGGUGCUGCCCACAGGGGACGUGUGGUCGCGACCCGACGGCUCCUACCUCAACAAGCUGCUCAUUACCCGGGCUAAGGAGGAAGACGCCGGCAUGUACAUCUGCUUAGGUGCCAACACCAUGGGAUACAGCUUCCGCAGCGCCUUCCUCACGGUGCUGCCAGACACCAAGCCCCCCAUCAUGCCUGUCUUUCCGGCGGCCUCCAGCUCCCUGCCCUGGCCCGUCAUCAUCGGCAUCCCCGCCGGAAUCGUCUUCAUCUUUGGCACCGUGCUGCUCUGGUUCUGCCAGAGUAGAAAGCAAUGCCCCCCUCCCGGCAGCCCCGCCGCCGCCAUCCCCCACCGGGUCCCGCCGUGUCGCGAGCGGGAGCGAAGCUGCGCCGCGCCGUCGUCUGGCUCGUCCAGCCCGGACAAAGACUGCGUGAGUGCACUGAACUACGAGGAGUAUCUGGCACAGCAGCAGCAGCUACUUCUCAACCACGGAGGCGCUGCCAUGUCGGCCAAGAUCUAUCCCAAAAUCUACACUGACAUUCACACGCACACACACUCCCACGUGGACGGGAAAGUUCAUCAACAUCAACACAUUCAUUUCCAGUGUUAGCGGAGCAGAAAAGGAAUUUAAAAACAACGCUUCAUGGUGGGACGUUGUCAGGGGGCGGUGGGAGGACAACCCCAAAUUGGCCAGUCAUAAGACACCAUGAUGACAUCACAACAUUUGGUGCUGUCACUUUUAUUUUGAAUUUUUUUGCGUGUGUCCAAGUUGUCAGACUCUCACGCCACUAAAGAGCCGCCAGUCCUUGCCUGUGCACUUAAUUUAAAAAAGGACGAGGAGUUGUGGUUGGUGGGAGUGUGAAUGCAGCUGUUGCAGCCUCAUGAAAAAGGUCUUUGCAACGAAACGGUCGGAGCUCCCGUUUCGCCUUCUGGUUCCUCAGCUGUUCAAAAUGGUACUGGAGGUGUACAAAAGGGCUUGACACGUCCUACUCAGGUUGACGCUUUGUGUUUUAGAAAGCUGACCACUAUCUUAUUUUUAAUCACAUGAAGUAGCCAAAAUAUUAGGUACACCAGCACAAUCUAAGAAAUUCCAAAUAAACAUUUCUGUCUGUGAGGGCAAUAAUGCUCAGUUAAUUGACACUGUCAGAGAAAUAUUCAAUUCACAGUUGAACACUUCCCGGUCUAAUUCAAUGUAGAGGACAAGUAACAAAUGUCACUUGGUAUGUCAUGUCGAGAUGAAGAUUAGAAAUCACAAAAAUAAUUUGUGGAUUAAAAAAAAACAAAAUGUCUUUUGGUUCUCAUGUAAGGCCAUAAUGCCAUGAAUAAUUCCAAAUCUAGCCCACAUGAAAACGUUUUGUUUCAAGUGUGACUUGGCAGGCUAAUGUGUGACCUGGUCAACUUUGGCACGUGGUGCUGACCCUACAGGUCAAGUCCGAUAGCUGAGUGGUGUCAAUCAAUACUGCCAAGGCAAUAAAUAAAUAAAUCAAUAAACAUUGAAAAAUAAUACAUUUAUUGUGCCAUAAUGUGUACCUAGUGAAGUGUCUGACAAGUGUACCAUCGCUGUCCAAGACUGCAAGGGAUAAGCGGAGUAUGUUUCAGUGUUACAUGAUGGUGGUGGUAGGGGGUGUUCUAGCCAAAUUGCUACCGUUAGUUUGAGUUUGAGUUCUCAACCAAUAACAGUUUGUGAAGCUCCGUUCAUUUUGAAUCAAACUGAGUCAUGAAUACUUAAUUUAUUUUGAUUUUUUUUAAUGUAUCAAAAGAAGUUUAUUUUUCUGGAUAAGGCAUUUUGCAUUUCUGUCGUGUAAUUAUAAGUAUUCUUUGUGUUGUUGUGUUUAGUAUAUUUGAAAUGCAGUUUAUUCACAUGUAGUUGAUUUAGUUAAUAGUGUAUGCAAAUGGUUCUAUUUUUGACAAUCCCAGAUGUUCUCUUAUGAAAUCAUCUCAUUUGGUGGUUUGAAUAAAUGAACGAAACGUG